AUGUUUCGCUCUGUUUCCCGUUUCGCUGGCAAGGACAUCCGUUUCGGCACGGAGGCCCGCCAGGCGAUGCAGCGCGGUGUGCAACGUGCUGUUGACGCCGUUGCCACGACCCUCGGCCCCAAGGGCCGCAAUGUGAUCAUUGAGCAGUCGUACGGUGCACCAAAGAUCACAAAGGAUGGUGUGACGGUUGCGAAGGCAAUUGAGUUCAAGGACCCGUUUGAGAACAUGGGUGCACAGCUCGUUCGACAGGUGUGUAACAAGACCAACGAUCUUGCUGGUGACGGUACGACGACCUCUGCUGUACUUGUGUCGAGCAUCUUCAGUGAGGGCCUCAAGUGCAUCGCCACUGGCACGAACCCGAUUGACAUGAAGCGUGGUAUGGACCGUGCGGUGGAAGUGAUCCUGAAGAGCAUUGCAGAGCAGAGCCGCAAGGUGACGAGCACAGAAAACAUUGUGCAGGUUGCCACGAUCUCGGCCAACGGUGACAACGAGCUGGGCAAGCUGAUUGGACAGGCCAUGGAGAAGGUCGGCAAGGAUGGCGUGAUCACGACGCAGGACGGCAAGACAAUGACGACGGAGCUGGAGGUGGUGGAAGGCAUGAGCAUUGACCGUGGCUAUCUCAGCCCAUACUUCGUGACGGACGCGAAGACACAGAAGGCGGAGCUGGAGGAGGCCUUUGUGUUGGUGUCAGCGAAGAAGAUCAGCAACAUCCACACGAUUCUUCCGACACUGAACCACGUGGUGCGCAGUGGUCGCCCGCUGCUUAUUAUCGCCGAUGACGUGGAAAGCGAGGCGCUGACGACGAUGAUCUUCAACAAGUUACAGGGAAAGCUUAAGAUUAUGUGCGUGAAGGCACCUGGUUUUGGCGACAAUAAGGCAGCCAUGUUGCAGGACAUUGCUAUCUUCACUGGUGCACGGCUUGUUGGUGAGGAGGGCAGUGGCGUGGAGCUUGAUGCGGAGAACUUCGAUGCCACCAUUCUUGGCAGCGUGAAGAAGGCGACGGUGACGAAGGAUGACACAGUGCUGCUGAAUGGUGGCGGUGAGGCAAACGUUGUGAAGGAGCGCGUGGAGCUAUUGCGUGGACUGAUUGAGAACGAGACCAGCGACUAUAACCGCGAGAAGUUGCAGGAGCGUCUGGCCAAGCUGAGUGGCGGUGUUGCGGUGAUCAGAGUGGGCGGUGGAUCGGAGGUGGAGGUGAACGAGAAGAAGGACCGCAUCACAGACGCCCUCUGCUCGACCCGUGCUGCGGUGCAGGAAGGCAUUGUCCCCGGUGGCGGAGCUGCGCUGCUGCGUGCGAGCAACGCACUUGACGCCCUUCUCGCUGACGCGUCACUCACGGCGGACCAGCGCACCGGUGUGCAGAUCAUCCGCAAUGCCGUCCGUCUCCCUGCACAUAAGAUUGUGUCGAACGCGGGCAAGGAGGGUGCCGUGGUUGUGGAGAAGAUCCUGGAGAACGGUGACGCCGCCGUGGGCUACGACGCACAGCGCGACUGCUAUGUGAACAUGUUCGACGCCGGCAUCAUUGACCCCGCGCGUGUUGUCCGUGUGGCGAUCACCGACGCCGCCUCUGUCGCUGGCCUGAUGAUGACCGCCGAAGCCGCCGUUGUGGAUCUCCCGAAGGAGGAAAGCCCAGCAGCCGGUGGUAUGGGUGGUAUGGGAGGAAUGGGCGGUAUGGGUGGCAUGGGUGGUAUGUACUAG